AAUACACAGAAUCCAGCUUCACAUGAGAUUUGAGCUCCAAGGAAACGUAAUAGAUUUAACUUUUGUCUGAGAUUUUGUUGUUUUUUACUGUGGAUAUGGGAGGCAGAGAAGAGGUAAUGGUGACCACCAUGCCCUUCCAAAGAGGCAGGUUGAACCGCUUAAGACUGCGUCCGGGGAGCCACUCCAACAUCCGCAGACUCAAGCCUACAUCUCUCAAGAAGAAGAAGAGCAGAGAUCCCAGCCCCACCGAGAUGAGCGUGGAGCCAUGGCCGAGCCCUCCGGACCAGGCAGCCGCUGAGCAGACCCAGGACACUCUCCACAGCACUGCCUCUUCCUCAUCAUCCGAAGAUCUCCUGGACCAACGCCCCGAUAAACUCUGCUUGGACGCCUUCUGGACUGAGGUGGAGACGAUCAGACAGGGCAGCGCUGAAGCAGACAUCGACUGCACCAGAAGAGACUCCAAACAGUCUGACGAAGGUGAACAAGAGGAGCAGUGGUUGGCUGACGCGGGCCUGUCAACUCUGAUCAGUGAAGACGGCGAGGACUUUGAGGAGGUGGACAAGGCGGCGCUGCUGUCCACCCUGACGCGUACACAAGCCGAGGCCGUACAGCGCCGGAUUGAGUCCUACACUCUGUCCCUGCGCAAGAGGAACAAGCCCCCGCCCAGAGACGUCCGCGAUAUCUUCCACUCCCCCAUGUCCCAGACUCUUCGCCCUGAUUCCAAACGCACUGACGACAUGGCAUCUGUCAACAAAUCUCCUCUCGCAGCUGUGACUUUAGAUCAGCGCGGGGCUCCCAAAGAUGAGAUUUUUAUCACCGAUGUGGCCUACUGUGAACAAGCUGUCAUCCUCAUCAAACAGGCCAAGCUCCCCCAGACCACCUACCAGCGCCGCAAAGAGGACGGGACCCUUCCAAGAGUGGUAUGCCCCAAGUGCCGUUUGGGAGUGACCCGGAUCCAGGACCUGUCUCAGGCUGACAUGAAGAAAGUGAGACAGUUGGCUCUCAUCGACAUGACAGCACUUAGUGACCUCCUUGAGCUGGAGGUCAAGAGGAACAAAAGUGGAAAGAGAAAACUCCCAGAGAGCACGCUUUUUGGAGUUCCUUUGGCAACGCUGAUCGAGAACGACCAGAAAACGAAACCACAAACCUCCAUUCCUCUGUUUAUGCAGGCACUGCUGUCAUUUCUGGAGAAAAAGGGCUUAGAUUCAGAGGGAAUUCUGCGGGUCCCUGGCUCUCAAUCCAGAAUAAAGAGCUUGCAGCAGAGUUUGGAGACUACUUUCUACUUGGGACAGUUCAAUUGGGAUGAAGUGAGUGCAAAUGACGCCGCAGCACUCCUAAAGAAGUUUAUCCGCGAGCUGCCUGCGCCUCUGCUCACACCAGAGUACCUCAACACAUUCAGUGCUGUCAAAGAUAUUACUGACUUGAAACAGAAGCUCCAUAUGCUGAAUUUACUUGUGCUAUUGCUGCCUGAGCCGAACAGGAACACACUGAAGGCUCUGCUGGAGUUCUUAAGUAAAGUGGUAUCGAGGGAAAAGAAGAACAGAAUGAACCUCUGGGCUGUAGCCACCAUCAUGGCUCCCAACCUCUUCCUCCAUAAAGCUGUGCCCAGUAAACUGGCCGAGGGAUCGGAGAAGGGACACGCCGAGAAGGCAGCCGAUGUGAUGAGGCUGCUUAUACGAUACCAGGACCUGCUCUGGACGGUCCCGAACUUUCUCAUGAGCCAGGUGCGAAGGCUGAAUGAAAACAGCAGCCGUCGAUACCAGUUUUAUGAUCGACGCAUCAAGAACCUGCUGAGGAAGAUUCACACCGACAGCCGUGAAAAGCCAGAGAAAAAUGUUCCUGAGAUGUGCCGAACAGUGAAGAUCCAGGUCGCAGACACUCAAACCAGCACUAUGGAGUUUCAUCUCACUAUUAACUCCCGGACCUCUGACAUCUUAACUCAGUUUCAGCGGCAGUUUCUCCACAGCCCUGAAAACGGAAAGGGCAAAAUGCGAAGAAAUGGUUCGGUGGCCUACCCUGACUGCGCCCUUUAUGAAGUGGGAGGUAACAUUGGUGAGCACUGCCUGGACCCGGACACACACCUCCAGGACCUGUACAACAGUAAUCCAGGAGGGGAGUGGGUCAUACGCCUCAAACCCAACAGCAAACUCGUGUGAAGCGUGGACAUUCUCGACAGUGACACGCAGCCGUCCCUCCUUAUGGACCUUUGGAGCCCCUCACAGCAACAGGGCACAUGACAGAUGGAGGACAGACAGGGACAGGCCUAGAGCUGAGCCUUAAGACCCCUGCUCCCACUUCAUUUUCGCUGUUUUUUUAGUUCAUCUGCAUAUUUCUGCCUCGUGUCUCACUGAGAGGCUGGGAGCGGAGUGCUCCUGACGCGAAUCAUUACUUCCAACAUUGAACCUGCUGCAGAGAAAAGCAAUCGUGGCAGCCAUUAUGGAGCAGAUGGGGCCGAGUGGAGCACCUCUGGGCGAAAACGAGGGGGGGUGCAAAGUUCCACCCCCACCAGGCCUCGCUCCACUCCACAAAUCACACGACGCCAUGUGUUCGCCUCCUACGCUCUUCAUUUUUAUAUACUCUAACAUUAUUGUAUGUACCAGUGUUGUAGCAGGGACGUCACGAAUAGAGAAUAAUGGAACUAGUCGUGGACACUGAAGGAUAAGAUAACUGCUGUUUUGCACAUCAAUAGAAGAAGAUGCCCAGUACAGAAAUUCCAAAAUAUCAAAUGGUUGUAAUGUCAAAUGUCUCUAAAUAAUUCCAAAAGUUGCCAUGGGUUGCAAGCGAUGAAAAUGAGCAGAGUUAGCAUAGCUAACUAACUAUUCUAACUAAAAAUUCUAAAUAAUAUCAUAAGACUAUAAUAUGUGCCUGAAAACUUUACAAAAACAGUAUUAGUUUAUUAUAGGUUUAAUAUCUUGUAACAGCUGCAAUUACACUACUAGAACCUAUACCUGUGCUAGCCCAACAUAUUAAAACAGCGUUUGAUUGUAGGACAAAACCCUAAAACUCGGUCCCUUUCUGCUCACUUGUACAUACACUCAUCACCUAUGGCCAAUGUAGUUUUUUGUUGUGUCUGUGAACCAUUUUGCAGUCACUGAAAGCAAAAGGAGGAGACCCUCACUAUAGCAGUAUUCUCUGGUGUACUGUAACACAGUUUGACUGACUGAUCCAUAAAUUGAUUGGUGAUUGAUCAAUGGAUUUGACUGACUGUUUCGUCGCACAGUAAACAAUGAAGGAGAUCUCUGAAUUGGCUUCACUCUGCACUGAUGAACUGAUAAGCUGUUAUCUGUGAAGCCCUGCUCUCCCCUGGGCCUUAUAAUAAACACUGGGAGUUCCCAGGACCUUGUAGAGGCAGUGCACAGAGACACUACGUUGUAUUAUACUCUUUGAUUUGGCAUCAAGGACUGCUGCUGUAGCUCUGAGUGGAGCCGUGAAGCUGGUCUUCAGUUUGACAGACUGUGGGGAAUAUUUGGGGUUAUUUAUAUGAAUGUAAUUGUGUUUUGUCUUGAGCCACCAAGUGUAACUGUAUUUGAAUGGUUGUGUUGCCCAUACUCUGUGUGGGAGUUUGCAGUGUUCAUGUACUGUAUAUUUUUCAUUGUAUAGUUCAUGUUUUUUUUUAUAUAUUUUGCUGUAACAUAAAUGUACAUAUUUAUCUGGUUGUUGCAUAGCUUGUUAUGAGACAAAACUUACUCCGACGUUUGGUAGGGAUAUGGUAAACCUGUUAAGAUUUAGUAUGAAAUUUGAGUAGACACUAUGAAUACACGCUUUAUUAAUGAAUUAGUGCAGUUAAACAAGCUUUCAUUGAAACAACAUUUGUGUCCCAUCAUAAAAUUCUAAAAACA